GCAGGGACAAAACUAAUAAAAGGAUUUUGUCAACCAAGUAGACUCCGUCACUCAGACUCUCUUACUCCCUCCUCUUCUCCUCUCUCGAAUCUUAAUUACACUGCGAAGAAGGGUUUUACAAGUUUAUAUAAAUGCGCACUUGAUCUCACCACCACCACCGACCACCACCACUAUCAUCAUCGGAAUUAUCUUAUGGAAAACUUAAAGACCGAUUCUCCCAUUUCUCGUCGUAUCGCCACUGCUUUUCUGGAUUUCCUUAAAUCUGUUGAGCCUGCAGCUGGUGUUGAUGUUGAAGGUCUCGAGGUUGUGAAAGAGGUUUUGGAAGAGGUUUUUAAGCUCAAUCCAUCUUCUAUUGAUGAUCAGUCUCAGCCUGGUUUGUUGGUCGAAUACUUUAGGUCCCUGGAUGCAGAUAAGGCAAAUGAAAUGGAAACAGAUCCAAGCCCACAGCUAACUUCAACGGAGUUCCCAAGUACAUCAUCAUUACGUAGUUCUUCUGGCAGAAAUCUAUCAGAGGCAUCAAACUCACUGGGAAAAGAUACUGCUGAAGGAUCACAAGUCUUGGAGGCGUCUGAAGAUGAAUUGCUCAGGCAAUUCCUUGGUGCACUUGAUAGAGUUGGCUUCUUUAAUUCCAAGAAUGACGAAGAUGACACUGAUAAGGACUUAGACCCAGUGGAUAUUGCAGUAGGUCUAUUUCAUGAGGCCAUAGCGGAGAUGGGACGAUCUGGAAUCCAACUUAACUUGACCAACCUGGCUGAUACAUUGAAAUCAAGAGGAAACAAGGCUGUCCAAUCAAAGUCAUACUCCGAAGCAAUUGAUCUGUAUUCUUACGCGAUUGCACUUUGUGACAAUAAUGCCGUGUAUUACUGUAACAGGGCUGCUGCUUACACUCAGAUUCAGAAAUAUGUAGAAGCUAUCAGGGACUGCCAUAAGUCCAUCGCAAUUGAUCCAAGGUACAGCAAAGCUUAUAGUCGUUUGGGGCUGGUUUAUUAUGCACAAGGAAACUAUAGAGAUGCGAUCUCCAAAGGCUUUAAUAAAGCUUUACGUUUGGAUCCUAGUAGCGAGUCCAUCAAGGAAAAUAUGCGGGUGGCCAAGCAAAAAUUGGUAGAAGAAAUGUGCAGAACUGCACAAAACCAGGGUGCAGGGCCAUCAACAAAUAAUAACCAAGAACAGAAUGGUCAACCCAGAGGAGGUUCAUGGAGCAGCCAUGGUAUACCAACAACGGCGUCGUUCACAUUACCUUUUAGUGUAGGUAGUCUCCCCAGUGAGCUUGGGGAUUUUGCAAACAUGUUCAUGAACAUGGGGGGGAACGCACAUCCAGGUCCGCAGCAAAGUCAAGAAAACAAUGGCUCAGACAGAAGCCGCAGUGAGCAACAACCCCAACCAGAGAUAAGAAUGGACAUUAACAUUGAAGGACAAGAAACUUUACCCGAGGAACUUAUGGGAUCAUGGAGAUCAAUGAUGGGCAUGUUUGCUUCAGGAGGUGUUCCUCAGUCUCAGCAACAACAACCACAACAGCCAGAAGGGGACAUGGACAAUAGAGGUCCAACUCCAAACUGAUUAACCCCUACUGUAAGACUAUAUAUAUUUAUAUCUUUGAAAUGAUAUCAACUUAUGUUAUAUACUAUUUCAUCUGUUCCAAUAUUUUUGUGUUUUUAAGCAUGGUA